AUGGAGUUAGAACUUAGAAGAGGGCAUUUGCAAACAAUGGCAAAGAUAGCAUUCUCCAUUUUGAUCAUUGUCCCUGCGAUCGGUUUGUCACUUGCAGCCAAUAUUUUGGGCAAGAACCAGUCCAUCAGUUACGGAGAAACAUUGGUUUCUUCGGACCUAACAUUUGAGUUAGGAUUCUUUACUCCUGGCAAUUCGAGUAUGAGCUACUUGGGCAUAUGGUACAAGUUCAGUCCUCAAACGGCCGUGUGGGUUGCAAACAGAGAUAACCCGCUCGCCGAUCGUAAUGGUGUUCUUACAUUUAGCAAUGUAAGCAAUCUAGUUGUUCUCAACCAGUCAAACGGUGUGGUUUGGUCUUCAAAGUCGUCCAGGGUCCUCCAAAAUCCAGUUGCGCAGCUCCUGGAUUCGGGAAAUCUUGUUCUUUGGGAUAAAUCCGAUUCGAGUGCUGAUGAAGCCUAUUCAUGGCAAAGCUUUGAUUACCCGACUGACACGCUUUUAGUCGGUAUGAAGCUGGGAUUGAAUUUGAAAACGGGCCUCGAAUGGGGUCAGACUGCUUGGAAAAGCAUGAACGACCCUUCUCCUGGAGAUUACAUAAAUGUGUUAAACUAUCGUCAGGGUCUACCUCAGUAUGAAAUAGUCCAGGAGGCUGGGCAUAGCAAAAUAUUCCGAACCGGCCAGUGGAAUGGAGUUCAAUUUGUUGGCGGUACAGCUAUACACAGACUAGCUAUUUGGCCCAUGUUCGUGGACAGUGAAGAUGAGAUCUCCUUCAUGAUUGAGGUUCAGGACAAUCGACUCUUUGGGAAAAUGGUGUUGAACUAUUUGGGAGUGAUGCAGCUUCUUGUGGUGAAUAGAUCGACAAGUGCCGCAUGGAAUGUCAUACGGGAGUUCCCUAGUGAUCCAUGCGAUACUUACGGCAGGUGUGGUGCUAAUGCCAUCUGCAGCCUCAGCUCCUCGUGCGAAUGUGUGAAAGGGUUCAUGCCCAAUUUGCCAGACAAAUGGGCAUCACUUGAUUUUUCCAGCGGAUGCAAGAGGAUAAUGCCCACGAAUUGUUCAAAAGGAGACGGCUUCUUGGAAAUUAAAAAAGUUAAACUGCCCGACCUGUUGGCAGUUGCCCUGAACAAGAGAAUGAGCCUCACGGAAUGUGAGGACCAGUGCUUGAGGAAUUGUUCAUGCACGGCUUAUGCCAAUUCAGAUGUUAGAGCAGGAGGCACGGGUUGCCUCAUGUGGUUUGGAGACUUGAUCGACAUGAGAUUGCUCGAAGAACAGAACGACGUGCAAAAUCUAUACAUACGCCUUUCAGCUUCCGAACUAGAUAACAUUCGUGACCGCACCAGGAGGAAAAUAGUUAUCGUUGCUGUAAUAUCAAGUUCAAUCAUUGGUGGAUUGCUUUCGGUCGGAACGGCACUGCGGUGUGUAAAGCAUGCGAAAAGGAGAACUUGUACUGGAGGCUUGCCGAGUGGGACGGAUGACAUUGACUUGCCACUAUAUGGUUUCGCUACUAUUGCUGUUGCCACCAACAAUUUCUCUCAAACAAACAAGCUAGGAGCGGGCGGCUUCGGUUCGGUCUACAAGGGAAGACUUUCCACAGGACAAGAAGUAGCAGUGAAAAGGCUGUCAAAGUCUUCCGGGCAAGGUCCUGAUGAGUUUAUGAAUGAAGUCCUUCUAAUCGCCAGACUUCAGCACCGAAAUCUUGUUGGACUUGUUGGCUGCUGCAUUGAGGGUGAAGAAAGAAUGUUAAUUUAUGCAUACAUGCCAAACAAAAGCUUGGACAAUUUCAUUUUUGAUCAUGACAGAAGCUCCUCUUUGGCAUGGAAAAGGAGAUUUCACAUUGUUUUAGGAAUCGCCCGAGGACUUCUCUAUCUCCACCAGGAUUCAAACCUACAAGUCAUCCACAGAGACCUUAAAGCGAGUAACAUUUUGUUAGAUGCUGGCAUGAAUCCAAAGAUUUCGGAUUUCGGCCUGGCAAGGAAUUUUCAAGGAGACGACACAGAGGCAAAGACAAGAAGAAUAGUUGGUACAUAUGGUUACAUGUCCCCAGAGUAUGCCGUUGACGGCAAAUUCUCUGUGAAGUCCGACGUUUUUAGCUUUGGUGUGCUUUUGUUAGAGAUAGUAAGUAGCAAAAAGAAUAGAGGAUUCCAGCAUCCUGAUCAUUAUCACAACCUUCUCGGGCAUGCAUGGUUGCUAUGGAGUGAAGGGAGGGCCAUGGAGCUCAUUGAUGAGUCUUUAUGCGACUCUAUUGUUGAAUCUCAAGCAGAGAGAUGCGUUCAGGUGGGCUUGCUAUGUGUCCAAAAGUUUCCUGAAGAUAGGCCGACAAUGUCCAGUGUUGUUUUCAUGUUGGCAAAUGAAGGAGCAACCUUGCCACUGCCUAAAGAGCCUGGUUUCUUCAUGGAGAGAAGUUCUGGUAGCUCAGAUGCAUCUUUAGUCAGGGAAGAAGCCUACACACCCAAUGUUCUUUCGGUCACAUUGCCGGAAGGGAAGGCCACCCGCACCGGCCUUCUAGCAAGGGUUGCCAGGGCCUGGGCUGGGGAUUUCUUUAUGUUCACGUUAAAUGUGAGCUACUUGGGCGUAUGGUACAAGUUCAGUCCUCAAAUGGUCGUGUGGGUUGCUAACAGAGAUAACUCGCUAGCCGAUCAGAAUGGUGUUCUCGGAUUUAGUGAUAUGGGCAAUCUAGUUGUUUUCAACCGGUUGAACGGUGUUGUUUGGUCUUCAAAGUCAUCCAGGAUCCUUCAGAAUCUAAUUGCGCAUCUCCUGGAUUCGGGAAAUCUCGUUCUUUGGGAUAAAUCCGGUUCGAGUGAUGAUGAAGCCUAUUCAUGGCAAAGCUUUGAUUACCUGACUGACACGCUUUUACCCGGUAUGAAGCUAGGGUUGAAUUUGAAAACGGGCCUCGAAUGGCGUCUCACUGCAUGGAAAAGCAUGAAGGACCCUUCUCCUGGAGAUUACAUACAUAUGUUAAACUAUUGUCAUGGUCUACCUCAGUAUGAAGUAGUCCAAGAGGAUGUGCCCAGCAAAAUAUUUCGAACCGGGCAAUGGAACGGACUUGUAUUUGUUGGCCGUCCCAGGAUGCCUAGACUACCUAUUGCUGCCUUGUUCGCCAACAAUGAAGAUGAGAUCGCCUUCAUGCUUGAGGUUCAGGACAAUCAACUCUUGGGGAAAAUGACGUUGAACUAUUUGGGAGUGAUGCAGCUUCUUGUGGUGAAUAGAUUGACAAGCGCCGCGUGGGAUGUCACACGCGAGUACCCCAGUGAUUGGUGUGAUACAUAUGGCAGGUGUGGUGCUAAUGCCAUCUGCAGCCUUAGCUCGUGCAAAUGUGUGAAAGGGUUCAAGCCUAAUUCGCCAGACAAAUGGGCAUCACUUGAUUUUUCCGGCGGAUGCAAGACGAUAAUACCCACAAAUUGUUCGAAAGGAGAUGGCUUCUUGGAAAUUAAAGAAGUUAUACUGCCGGACCUGUUGGCAGUUGCGCUGAACAAGAGCAUGAGCCUAACGGAAUGUGAGAACGAGUGCUUGAGGAAUUGUUCAUGCACGGCUUAUGCUAAUUCAGAUAUUAGAGGAGGCUGGGGCUGCCUCAUGUGGUUUGGAGACUUGAUCGACAUGAGAUUGUUCGAAGAACAAACCUGCUUGCAAACUCAAACUCUAUACAUACGCCUACUAGCUUCAGAACUAGAAAUACUCAUUGUUUGGGCAAGGGAAUGUGGAAAGAGUCGAUCUUCACAUCCCUUCUUCUCUACUUUAGAUGCCAUUCGUGACCGCACCAGGAGGAAAAUAGUUAUCGUUGCUGUAGUAUCAAGUUCAAUCAUGGUUGGAUUGCUUUCGGUGGGAACUGCAUUGUGGUGUGUAAAGCAUGGGCAAAGGAGAACUAGUACUGGAGGCUUGCCAAGCGGGACGGAUGACAUAGCCUUGCCAUUAUAUGAUUUCGCUGCUACUGCUAGUGCCACCAACAAUUUCUCUCAAACAAACAAGCUAGGAGCGGGCGGCUUCGGUUCGGUCUACAAGGGAAGACUUUCCACAGGACAAGAAGUAGCAGUGAAAAGGCUGUCAAAAUCUUCCGGGCAAGGUCCGAAUGAGUUUAUGAAUGAAGUCCUUCUAAUCGCUAGACUUCAGCACCGGAAUCUUGUUGGACUUGUUGGCUGCUGCAUUGAGGGUGAAGAAAGAAUGUUAAUUUAUGAAUACAUGCCAAGCAUGAGCUUGGACUAUUUCAUUUUUGAUCAGGAUAGGAGCCCCUCUUUGGCAUGGAAAAGGCAAUUUGACAUUGUUUUAGGAAUCGCUCGAGGACUUCUCUAUCUCCACCAGGAUUCAAAACUACAAGUUAUCCACAGAGACCUUAAAGUGAGUAACAUUUUGUUAGAUGCUGAUAUGAAUCCAAAGAUUUCGGAUUUGAGCCUGGCAAGAAACUUUCAAGGGGAUGACAGAGAGGCAAAGACGAAAAGAAUAGUUGGUACAUAUGGUUACAUGUCCCCAGAGUAUGCCUUUGAUGGCGAAUUCUCUGUGAAGUCCGACGAUUUUAGCUUUGGUGUGCUUUUGUUAGAGAUAGUAAGUAGCAAAAGGAAUAGAGGAUUCCAGCAUGCUGAUCAUUUUCACAACCUUCUCGGGCACGCAUGGUUGCUAUGGAGUGAAGGGAGGGCCAUGGAAUUCAUCGAUGUAUCUUUAUGCGACUCUAUUGUCGAGUGUCAAGCAGAAAGAUGCGUUCGGGUGUGCUUGUUACGUGUCCAAAUUGCUGAAGAUAGGCCGACAAUGUCCAGUGUUGUUUUCAUGUUGGCAAAUGAAGGAGCAACCUUGCCACUGCCUAAAGAGCCUGGUUUCUUCAUGGAGAGAAGUUCAGGUAGCUCAGAUGCAUCUUUAGUUAAGGAAGAAGCCUACACACCCAAUGUUCUUUCGGUCACAUUGCCGGAAGGUCGAUAGGAAUGCCAUUGAGAGUGUUUCUGCAGAUUGUGGAAUGGCCUUAUCGGGUACAAAGGACAGAAGAAGCUUACGAUGGUAUAAAGUUCAAUAACAAAUUUGUGAAACAGGGUAUUGAAAGUUUUAGUACUGAAGUUCAAGCAUUGAAAAUAGACGAAAUAGUUGUUCGGUGACAAUUGUAAACUAAUAGCUAAAUUUUAUUGAUAGCUUACAAGG